AUGCAGGCUGCAGCAAACAACUGGACUGGACACACAGCACCAGUGACCUCACUUUUGAGAUUCACCAAUAGGAUGAUGGUUUCCAGGCACUCAGAGAACAAUGCACAAGAAGGAGCAACACUGUUGAUGACUCCUCACACCAACAUAGCCAGGAUCAUCCAUUCAUUGCCCCUCGAGACCAGGUGGCCAACGCUCUCGGUUCGCCAGUAUGCUAGCUUUUGGCUGGUCGAGGUAACAUUGAAGACAGGCUUUCCAUUCGUCCAUUCGUGCUUCGAGCCAAGGCCCACUGACGUAUUCCUUGCAAGCUUCCCCAAGUCUGGCACCACUUGGCUCAAGGCCCUCGUCUUUGCAACGCUCAAGCGGUCCUCACAUCUGCCGUUUGAUGGUGAUCAUCCACUGCGACAUUGCAGCCCCCACGGCAUCGUCAGGUUCCUCGAAAUUGAAUUCAACACAAGGGACGAGUUUGAAGCGCUCCCUUCCCCGCGUGUGCUGGCCACACACCUUCCCUACUCCUUAGUGCCUAACUGCAUCACCGGGGAGCACUCAGGGUGUCGGAUUAUGUACAUCUGCCGGGAACCCAAGGACGCUCUAGUCUCCUUCUGGUUGUUCACGAGGAAGUUGGCGCCUGGAGUUGACUUCACGAUCCAGGAGGCUUUGGAGCUGUUCUGUGAAGGCCGUUGUCCAGGUGGCCCUCAAUGGCAGCAUGUCCUCCAGUACUGGGAGGAGAGUGUGAGGAGGCCUGACAGGGUACUGUUCCUUAGAUACGAGGAGAUGCUACUUGAGCCAGAGAGUCAGGUCAAGAAGCUAGCAAAGUUCAUGGGUUGUGAGUUUUCCGAGAAAGAGGAGGAGGGAGGGGUGGUGAAUGCCAUCGUGGAGCUGUGUAGCCUGGGCAAGUUGAAGGACGUGGAGGUGAACAGAAACAGAAGCUCUAGGUGGGGAAUCAAGAAUGAAAGCUUCAGGAAGGGGAUUUCUGGGGACCGGAGCAAUCACAUGAAGCGAGAGAUGGCGCAGAGGAUAGACAAGGUUAUCGAGGAUGCAUUACAAGGGACUGGAUUCACCUUUGCAUCUCAUCCUGGGCAUCGGUGGCCUGGGACUGGCAAGCUAACCAAAGGGUGA